GGGCAACAACAUUCUUAGUGCCGUAGAUAUCGGGGGCCCACGACGGUCUGUUCACGAGGCUACCAAAAAACCUGUUCCCCAACUUUAUCCUCAGGGGACACACUUUUAAUACCGAUACGUCACGUAGGAAUGAGAGAGAGAGAAGACAAAAGUCUUCUAGAGCGGAGAACCCAUGAGAGGCUACACCAGAGACAGUAUCAUGAAGAGUCCCAAGCGGAUGCUCGGGAUCAUUCUCCUAGUCGCCGUCGCCAUUUUCACCUACACGACGUUCAACCGGCCGGUGGAGAAGGGGCCACAAGGCCGCCAUCAUGGCGGUGGUAAGUUAGACGAGUCUGUCAUAAGGUCACACAAACACCACAGGAACCGUGAAAGGGACUACGAGAUCAUCCCUCCGUUUGAAAUGCCGGUAGACGACACACCAGACGACAAGGACGACAACAGUACCAUGGCGUACACGACAGUACACCCGACUACAGCCCCCGAAAUAGACCGAGAUCGUUGCAGGCCUCACCACAACGUCGCCUUCAUCAAGGUCCACAGAAGCGGCUCCUCCACCGUACAGAACAUCUUCCUCCGGUACGCCUAUGACCAUGACCUUGUAGUCGGCCUACCGCGCAUGCCCGAGUCGCCCUGGGUCGGCUGCAGGAGCGUCAUCAAGUCCAGUGACGUCAUGGAGUUGGCUGAGGGGGUGAAGUGGAACAUCUUCGCUCACCACAGUACCUACAACAGGUCCAACUUCGACCACUUCAUGCACGAGGACACCCGCUUCGUGGGCAUUCUCAGAAAGCCCAUCAACCGCCUCAGGUCAGUGUUCUAUGCCCUGCGGCUAGAGCAGUACUUCCCCGGCCUGGAGGGUAAAGAGAACGACACGGGCCUGAUGAAGUAUCUUCGAGACCCCGCCCACUGGGACAACAAGUUCAGCCACCCCGCCACAUGCUUCGAACACGACGCCUGCGUACAGGACUGCAUGGCGAAGGACCUGGGUCUACCUCCUGGAGAGCUAGAUGGGGAGGCCAUCGACACCUUCAUCCACAACCUCGGCAAGGACUUCACCCUUCUGCUGAUCCUGGAGCAUCUCAACCACUCCCUGGUGCUGCUGAAGAGGAGAAUGUGUUGGCAGAUGGAGGAUAUCCUGUACUGGGUGUCUGCUGAGGACGACAUGACCAACUACGAAGAGAAGGAACACUUCACCGAGAAAAUGGUCUCCAAGUACAAGCGGUCUAGCCGAAUCGACUAUCACCUGUAUGAACACUUUAACGCGUCGCUUUGGCGACAGAUCAGCUUAGAGGGUCGAGACUUUCUUGAAGAGGUGUACGAGUUUGAGCGAAUCUUGCGCAUAGUUAAUGAGAGGUGCCAAGAAGAUGAUGGUAACUUUAAGAUCGUGGAAGCGACAGAAUAUAACAAAGAGAUUUACAUCACUUGGAGCUUGUGUACCAAGCUUAGGUUUAACAGGUUAGCUUGGGAUGAGAAUAUUAGAGGUAUGCAAGAGAUUCACUAUGGAAAAGUAGAAUCAAAGAAAAGCUUCGGAAACCGCUGGCCUGUUGAUGUAAAAGGACGCAAUAUUACAGUUUAAGUUAAAACGUACUUCUUGUGUUCGAGAAAAGUUAGGUAGUGUUUCAUAAUGUAACUGUUUGUUUAUAUUUUCAGCUGGGAUAUAUGUAGUUGCUAUUUGCUACUGAGAUAGGCAAAUGUUAUAGUACAUGUGUAUAAAUAUUUGUUCAACCAUUAUAACGUAUCAUGGAAACUGUACUAUUUUGUUUACUGUUUAUACAUAAAGGGGAUUUUACAUAUUACAAUAUAAUUAUAACAUUUAGUAUUUUUACUGAUUAUGACUGGUGCUAUGUGAUUGAGGAUGUAUACAUAUUUACAUUUAGUUCUUAAUAAAAUGCCUU